AUGAAAGGUAAAAGUGUUGUAAUUGCAAUUGAUUUUGGUACUUCAUGUUCUGGGUUUGCAUUUGUUUUCCCCCAAGAUAUUUCAGAGACAGUUUAUUGCACUGAAACUUGGGGUGGGUCAUGUUCAAUAAAUGUAAAAACUUUGACGCAAAUUGUGUUGGAUGAAAAAAAAAAAUUUGUUGCAUUUGGUUACGAGGCUAGAGAUUACUUUUCAAACAAUGAUGAUGAAGGUACUGAAAAACAUUCGCUUUACUCCUCUUAUAAAAUGCAUCUAUUUAACCCAAAAACUAGAGGCCAACCAAUUAAAUCAGUUUGUGGUAAUCAUAGUGCAACAAUUCAAGAACUCAUUACUGAAUCCUUAAGAUAUUUAAAAAUUGUUGCAAUGAAUAAGGUAAAUAGUAUAUCUUCCAAAAAAGUUUAUGAAUCCGAAGUUCAAUGGGUAUUAACAAUCCCUGCAAUUUGGGAUGACUCUAGUAAACAAGUAAUGAGAAGUUGUGCAGACACUGCAGGACUUUGUUCAAAAGAUGAUAAAGAGUCUCUCAUCUUUUCAUAUGAACCAGAAGCUGGUGCAUUACAAUGUAUUUUUGAAAAAACUACUGGUUACUCUGUUCAAGUUGGUUAA